AUGCCGGUCGUCGUGCGCUCCAAGCCGUGGCAGCCACGCCCCCCCUGGCCAGCUGCUAUCCCGUUGCGCAUCUUCAUGAGCUAUCGAACUCACGGUGUGCCCUUGUACGUUCUCAAGAACUGGCACGUGCUCAACCCAGCGUUUUCUGUGGAGCUGUACAACGACACGGAGUGUCAUGCGUUUGUUGAGGAGCACUAUGGUAGCAAUCUCGCGAACAUAUAUGGCAAGAUCCCGAGCGGACCGAUACGCUCGGAUCUAUGGCGUGUACUUAUACUGUACAGCUUUGGCGGAGUGUACGUGGACGUAGAUGCUGAGCCUCUCGCACCCCUACAUGAGUUUGUGACGCCGGAUGACAGCUUUGUCACCAGUGUCGGAAGAAUGGCUUCCUUCUAUCGCCAAAGCGUCAAUCCGCACCUGAUCAUUGCUCAGAGCGGGGAGGAGAUCCUGAAUGCAACGUUGAAGUAUAUGUUGGCAGCUAUUCAAGGGGCAGGCGUUGCGUGGCAGGGCUCAAAGAGUUUCCAAAGCUGGAGCGUCUGCCCUGCCAUGUUUCGCGCGCUAAACCAGACCUUCCCCAAUUAUGUAAAAACCGCUGGAACCCUUCGCAAGCACGCGGCGCAGUACAGGUUCUUGCUCGAGACCAGAGCAUCACCUCGCGGCUUCCCCGAAAAGAUCACUGUGGACGAUCGAAGUCGCAUUCUACUGUACAACAAACGGAACUUGAGCGUCUGGAGUAUGAGCGCGAACGGCCUCUAUUGGGGUGGAUUCGCUUACUGCAACGGGGCUUGCGCGCAGCAGAUGAACAGAAGCUCAAACGACUUUUUGCCCCAGUGCAAAGAAGCCCAAUGGAGCAGCUGGCGUAUAAAGGGGCCACUGCGACACGGUGAGGGCGUGUAG